AUGUAUGGGUUUAUGGUGGGAGCCAUAGUUCUCACCAUGUGUGGCAAUCUGAUGGUGAUCUUCUCUGUCCUCCACUUCAAACAGCUGCAUUCUCCAACCAACAUGCUGAUCUGCUCCGUGGCCACCACAGACUUUUUGCUCAGCAUCAUAGUAAUGCCAUACAGCAUGGUCAGGACGGUGGACUCCUGUUGGUACUUUGGAGACGUCUUCUGCAAACUCCACACCUGCUGUGAUAUCAUGCUGUGUACUACUUCUAUUUUCCACCUGUGCUUUAUUUCUGUGGAUCGCUACUAUGCUGUGUGCACCCCACUUCACUACCUCAACAAAAUCACUGUCCCUGUAGUUCAAGGUUUUUUAGCGAUUAGUUGGUUCAUCCCGUUCUUGUUUGCUUUUGGACUUGUUUUCUCAGAGCAAAAUGUGGAAGGCAUUGAGGAAUAUGUAGCCUCCCUCUACUGCUAUGGAUUCUGUACUCUCGUUUUUAAUAAGCUGUGGGGAGUGAUGUCUUCCUUUAUAGCCUUUUUUCUUCCCGGUACAGUGAUGGUGGGCAUUUAUCUCCAUAUAUUUGUUGUUGCAAAAAAACAUGCCCAGCAAAUUGCUCAGGUUUCUAGGGCCUCACACUCUGGAUGUGACACAAAAGGGAAAAUCUCCACCAAAAAGGAGAACAAAGCUACUAAGACCUUAAGCAUAGUUAUGGGAGCAUUUAUUAUUUGUUGGCUUCCUUUCUUUGUACUUACCAUUACAGACCCUUACAUUGAUUUCACGACCCCUGAAGACUUGUACAAUGCCUUUCUGUGGUUGGGAUAUUUCAAUUCCACUUGUAAUCCCAUCAUUUACGGUUUAUUUUACCCUUGGUUUCGCAAAGCAUUUAGAAUGAUUAUGACAGGGUCCAUUUUCUCCUACUGCUUCAAAUCUUCACUCAUUUGUUUCUACACUGAUGUUUCUUGGACAUCUCAGAAAGCUGUUAAUUAGCUAAGCUGUCCCUUGAUGGUAGAAUGUCAGUACCAUGGCAGGAAAGACAUAUCAGCAGUAUCUGGGAAUCAGACACCGUAGGUUAAAACAAGCCAUGGGUCAGGCUCCUGACCUCUGCCUAAAACUGACAGCAAUUCCUUUACCUAGCAUGAUUUUCACAGAUUCUCUUUAGGAAGAUUUAUUAAGAAGAAAAGGCUGGAGUUACAAGAACUCUGACAGUUGAGUUAUUUCCCAACUACAUAGGAUGGAGUCUGCUUCUUUUUCACUUUUACUCCCUUUCUGUGUGCCAGUGAACUUUGUUAUCCUUCACUGAUAACAAAGGAGCUUGCAGUUGCCAGUUUACAAAACCAUCUUCUAAAUCCUGUCAGUCUGAGAAGUGAUCAUUAUAUCAGGGUAUGUUGCUUCAAGCAAUGUCUGCUCUGGAAAUUGAUCUUUUCAUGAAUAGUUGUGGUCACAGUGGGAGAAUGUCUAGUUGCAUGUAAUAGUGGGGAUGAUCUUGGGAGAGAGCAGGAAGAGUCACAGCCUAGACAACUGUCAUGCAAAAGGUAUCUUAGCCCACAGAAGCAAA